CUUGACAUGUAGUUCGGCCUCGGUUGUCGAUCUGAAUUUCGAACGUUUAUUUUUACCAACAUUACUGCGUAUAUUUUGAUUAAAACAUGCAACAGUUUACAGUAUUCAUGGAUAUCGAAAGCUCCCGCUCGUAUAUCGACGAGUUGUAUUCUUCGGAUGCGGUGAAGGUAAUGGAAGCUUUGGUAACGCUGAAGAACUCGGUAAUAGGGAGCAACAGACAGAAGAGUUCAGUGAUCAGUCAAGGGGUAGUUCCAAGGCUGCUACAAUUGAUGUCUGAAGAAUCACUGGAUCCGAACAUUAGACUAGAGGCAACUAUUACAAUAGGUUCACUAGCAAAAGGCACACCAGAAAAUAUAGAAUCUCUAAUCGAAAAAGGAACAGCUACAGCAUUAGUGGAAAUGCUUAAGACUGUACCACUUGGUUCAAAACUUGCGGAGGCAGCUCUGUGUGCCUUAAGGAGUAUAUUCUCGCAUAAACCUGCACCAGUUGAUGCCUUACCAGCUGACAUGAGGUUGCUCACAAGAUUAACUCAGAUUGCGCGGGAGGACUCUCAGGAAGCGCGCACUAGUGUGAUACGUGUGCUGGCUGUAUGGUGCAGCGGCACUGUAGAACAAGAAGCCUUGACGUGUGCGGGAGCGUGCUCGGCCGCCGCCGCGAUGCUCGUGGUGCCGCCCCGCUCGGUGCCUUCGCCCUCGCGACUGGUGCCAGCCCUGGAAUUACUAGCCGCCAUGUGCUUCAAGAAUCCCAAUGUUGCACAGGUCGCUUUGAAUACAAGGCACGGUGAUAAAUCAAUACCGGAGUUACUAAUGUGCCUGGUGUCUCGCGACAAGCCUCUCGUAGUGGCGUUGAAAGCUGCCAAAUGUCUCACUUUCUUACAGAGGGCCGGCGCUCUGCCAGCCGACGACAGCAGGAUCGUUUUCGGAGCUCUUCCGUGUCUGGCGCGUUUGUGUACCAAAGAGAACACGGAAGACAUCCGAGCGUCCGCCGCCGAGGUGCUCGCCUAUUUGACCGAGGUCGACACGUCCCUCCAGCGUCUAGCGGCGAUAUCGAAUCACUUGAUGAGUUCCCUGGCGGACAUCGUGAACUGCCAGUCCGCGGCCGCCAAACAAGGCGCGUUCAAAUGUUUCGCUUCGCUCGGAGCGAACGACGAGGACAUCAGGAAAAUGAUCAUCGAAACCCACGGCCUGAUGGUGCAUGUCGUCAACGGACUGAACAAUCCUGAUCCUUGUGUGAGUCUAGCGGCCGUGCGGUGCUUGCAUUCGUUGUCAAGAUCGGUUCAACAGCUGCGAACGACUUUUCAGGACCACGCGGUGUGGAAGCCUCUCAUGCAGCUGCUGAACGAUUCUCCGGGCCCUGAACUAUUGAACGUCGGUUCGUCGACCUUGUGCAAUCUGUUGCUAGAAUUUUCACCGGCCAAAGAACCGAUGCUCGAUCAAGGUGCAGUUGAGAUGCUGUGUAAUUUGACAAAAAUGUCGGAUCCCGCGUUGAGAUUGAACGGGAUUUGGGCGUUAAUGAACAUGGCUUUUCAGGCGGAACAGAAGGUGAAGCAGCGCAUCCUGUGCUGCCUGGGCACGGAGCAGAUGUUCCGUCUGCUGGGCGACAGCGACACGCGCGUCAUCAUGAAGAUGCUGGGCCUGCUGCGCAACCUGCUCUCCACCAGGCAGCACAUCGACGCCAUCAUGAGCGAGUACUCGUCGCAGGUCAUGCAGCUUGUUCGGCAGGCAGUAAUAGUGGUGCUGGAGGGUUCGUAUCCAGCGGAGGUGAAGGAGCAAGCCUUGUGUAUACUGGGGAAUAUCGGCGACGGUGAAAAAUCGAAAGAUCUGAUAAUGGCCAACGAAGACGUACUCCGGAAACUUGUUGAUUAUUUGGCGCACCCGGAGAGCAAGUUGCAGGAGGCGGCGCUGUUCGUGGCCGGCAACCUGGUGUGGCGCGGGGAGGCGGGCGCCGCCGCGCGACAGCAGCGCCUCGCCGACCUGGGCGUGCUGCGCGCGCUCAAGCUGCUGCGCGCCUCGCACCACGCCGCGCACCUGCACGACAAGGUGAAGACCGCUCUGGCGCAAUUCAAUGAGUUCACAUAAUAUCACAAGAGUCGCAAACGUAAACGCAUGCGACGCCACUGAGCUCGUCCGGCGCUAACGUUCUGCACAACGGUCACCGUCGGACGGUACGCACCGUAGUAGUAGUGACCGAGAGAACUGUCUGACUUCAGUGUUAUAGCUUAUUAAAUACAGGGUGUGUUGUAAACGAUUCCGAAAAGGUGGCAACCGAAAUUUUUUUUAUCGAGGAGUGGUAGACUAUUUGGCUUAAGCGAGAUUUUU